CAGUGGGUUGAAAUAUUUAUUUGCAAAUUGAUAUUUAUAUGUAGAAUAAUUGUUAAAACCAUGAAAAUCUCUAUAUUAUUUAACAUUGUAAGAAAUAAGUUUUUAAUGAUUUCUCAAGUCUUACGUUUUCCAUUGUAAAAUGAUAUCUCCUCCCUUUCUCUCACUUUAUUUGCUUCCCAAGAAACGUCUUCUUCUCCGGUGAUUCGAUACGAUACCAUACCAUGCCGACCGACAUUGAAGAUGAGAUCAAGGACGAGAAGAACCCCCGACCUCUUGAUGAAGACGAUAUUGCUCUCCUCAAGACUUAUGGAUUGGGGCCUUAUUCCACCAGCAUCAAGAAAGCUGAAAAGGAUGUAAAGGAAAUGGCCAGAAGGAUCAAUGAUUUAUGUGGUAUCAAGGAGUCAGACACUGGUUUAGCUGCACCUAGCCAAUGGGAUCUUGUUUCUGAUAAACAAAUGAUGCAAGAGGAACAACCUCUUCAGGUGGCUAGAUGCACAAAGAUAAUUAAUCCAAACACAGAAGAUGCAAAAUACGUCAUAAAUGUCAAGCAAAUUGCAAAGUUUGUUGUUGGGUUGGGUGACAAAGUUUCGCCAACUGAUAUUGAAGAAGGCAUGCGUGUUGGUGUUGAUCGCAAUAAAUAUCAGAUUCAGAUUCCCUUGCCUCCCAAGAUUGACCCAAGUGUGACCAUGAUGACAGUGGAGGAAAAGCCAGAUGUGACAUAUAAUGACGUUGGUGGAUGUAAGGAACAGAUUGAAAAGAUGAGAGAGGUUGUGGAGCUACCCAUGCUCCACCCCGAGAAGUUUGUUAAACUUGGAAUCGAUCCUCCGAAAGGUGUUCUCUGCUAUGGCCCUCCUGGAACUGGCAAAACGCUUUUAGCCAGAGCAGUUGCUAAUAGGACUGAUGCAUGUUUUAUACGUGUAAUUGGAAGUGAACUAGUUCAGAAGUAUGUUGGUGAGGGAGCACGCAUGGUUCGCGAACUAUUUCAGAUGGCUCGCUCAAAAAAGGCUUGUAUAGUUUUCUUUGAUGAGGUUGAUGCAAUCGGGGGUGCACGUUUUGAUGAUGGUGUUGGUGGAGAUAAUGAGGUUCAACGAACCAUGCUUGAAAUUGUGAAUCAACUUGAUGGAUUUGAUGCUCGUGGUAACAUUAAAGUUCUAAUGGCCACAAAUAGACCAGAUACACUGGACCCAGCACUGUUACGACCUGGAAGAUUGGAUCGCAAAGUGGAGUUUGGACUGCCAGAUAUGGAAAGUAGGACACAGAUCUUCAAGAUCCAUACACGAACGAUGAAUUGCGAAAGGGAUGUGCGGUUUGAACUUUUGGCUCGCCUUUGCCCAAAUUCUACUGGUGCGGACAUAAGAAGCGUGUGCACAGAGGCUGGAAUGUAUGCGAUUCGAGCACGCAGGAAGACGGUGACAGAGAAAGACUUCCUUGAUGCAGUGAACAAGGUGAUCAAGGGGUACCAGAAGUUCAGUGCUACUCCCAAAUACAUGGUUUAUAAUUGAUCUGUUGGAUGGUGUACUUGCAAUGCAAAAUCAGACGAUUUAUUUUCAGACAAAAAUUGCAAAAACGUAAUGUUGUUUUCUUUUUAUAGUUUUAUCAACUUUUUUUUUUCUGCUGCAAUCAUAUGCAACAAGGGUUUCAAUUUUAGCAAAUAUGGACAAGUGUUUGAUU